UGUAAUAAGAAUCCAGUCCACCCUUCUCUCUCUCAAUCUUCUCAACCACUCUCUUCCCUGUCCCGCAGUCAGCCGGUCGGAAUAACACCUCUCUUCACUCGCUGGGGAAGUCCACGCAACACUGUAUUUCUACACUCACCCACUCCCUGCUCGGUACUCAGGACAGCACAGCUGGGAAGCCUCAGAAGGUGGGCUGGUCUGGGUGUCUCCUCAGCAGUCAUGGGGAGGUCAGGAGCGCAUUGGGUUUGGUUGCUUGGGACGAGCAUGCAGUUGUUACUUCCCCUCGUCCUCUGUGUCACCUGCAUCCAUGGUCUUUUUCCACCACAGCCACGGGUCUUCCUGUCAUUUCAAGAAUUACAGAAAACCCAGUCCUUUGAGCACUACACGUUGUCUGAGAAGGCCAUGGACUAUAGGAUCCUCUUCAUGGACGAAGAUCAAGACCGUAUGUACGUGGGCUGCAAAGACCAUGUACUCUCAAUGGACAUCAACAAGAUCAGCCAGACCCCGCUGAAGAUCUUCUGGCCGGCAUCCACUAGUAAGGUCGAGGAGUGUCAGAUGGCUGGCAAAGACCCCACACAUGGAUGUGGAAACUUCUUACGAGUGAUUCAGCCUUAUAACAGGACUCAUCUGUUCAUCUGCGGCAGUGGAGCCUACAGCCCAGUGUGUGCAUAUGUUAACCGUGGCAGGCGUCCUGAGGAGCAAGUCUUCCAAAUCUCUUCCCGAGCAGAAUCAGGGAAAGGAAGAUGCUCGUUUAACCCACAAGUCAACACCGUCUCAGUCAUGCUCAAUCAGGAGCUGUUCUCUGGCAUGUACAUUGACUUCAUGGGGACAGACGCGGCAAUCUUCAGGAGCCUGACCACAAGGAACGCAGUGAGGACGGACCAACAUAACUCCAAAUGGCUGAGCGAGCCAGUGUUCAUCGAUGCACACUUGAUUCCUGAUGGCUCAGACCCAAACGACGCCAAACUUUACUUCUUCCUGCGUGAGAGACUGACAGACAGUAGUGGAAACACUAAGAACAUCCACGCUAUGGUGGCUCGAGUCUGCCCUAAUGACACUGGUGGUCAACGCAGUCUGGUGAACAAGUGGACCACAUUUCUGAAGGCUCGGCUGGUAUGUUCGGUUCUAGAGGAGGACGGUACAGAGACCCACUUUGACGAGCUCGAGAAUGUGUUUUUAUUGGAGACGGACCACCCAAAGGGCCUCCUCAUCUUUGGAGUUUUCACCUCUACAAGUUCUGUGUUCAGAGGUUCUGCUGUCUGUGUGUACAACAUGGCCGACAUCCUGACGGUCUUCAACGGACCGUUCGCGCACAGGGAAGGACCCAACUUCCAGUGGGUGGCUUUCCAGGGCCGCAUCCCAUACCCACGACCGGGAACUUGUCCUGGUGGCGCGUUCACCCCUCAUACCCAGAGCACUAAAGAGUUUCCAGAUGAUGUGGUGACGUUCGUGAGGAAUCACCCCGUCAUGUUUAACCCCAUCUACCCGGUCGGCAGGAAACCUCUGGUGGUGCGGACACACGCCGAUUAUAAAUACACCUCUAUAGCUGUGGACCAGGUCACUGCUGUGGACGGACACUACCAGGUUCUAUUCCUGGGCACAGAUAAAGGCACGGUACAGAAGGUCGUGGUUCUGCCGUCAAACGGCUCUCUGGAUGAGGAUCUAAUCCUGGAGGAGCUGGAAGUGUUUAAGAAGCAAUCUCCUAUCACCAACCUAAAAAUCUCAUCUAAAAAGCAACAGCUGUAUGUUAGCUCUGAGCACGGAGUUUCCCAGGUGUCUUUGCACCGCUGCAUGGCAUACGGCUCUGCCUGUGCAGAUUGCUGUUUAGCGCGGGACCCGUACUGCGCUUGGGAUGGGCUCAGCUGUUCUCGAUUCUACCCUACUGGCAAGAGGAGAAGCAGAAGGCAGGAUAUUAUGCAUGGGAAUCCACUAACUCAGUGCAGAGGGUUCAAUCUGAAAGCCUACAGGAAUGCAGUGGAGAUGACUCAGUAUGGAGUCAAAAACAACACCACCUUCCUGGAGUGUCAGCCCAAAUCUCCACAGGCCUCAGUUAAAUGGCUGAUUCAGAGAGACAACGAUCGCAGGAAAGAGGUGAAGCUGAGCGAUCGUGUGUUGUCCACCAAUCACGGCUUGCUCAUCCGUUCAGUGCAUUCCUCAGAUCAGGGUGUGUAUUACUGCCUGGCCACAGAGAAUGGCUUCAAGCGCACACUUGCUAAAAUCCGUCUCCAGAUUCUGAGCGAAGCUCUGGUCAGCGCUCUGAGCAAUAAACAUUCUCCCUGGGGCUGGGCAGCCUCACUGCACCCUAAAGCCCUGGUGUCAGCCUUCAGCCCGGCCGAGACGUUGGCCAUGCACCAAUACUGCAAAGAACGCAAACAGAUGCAGAGUCUGCAGAACAUACAGAACCCCAUGAGAGGUGAUCUGGGCAAACUCAAACCCUUGCUGGACCACAGGAAGAGCAGGAACCGCCGAAACCACUUACAAGAGGAAUAGAGUUGAAACAUGAACAAAGGAAAUGGAUGGAGAGAUGACGAAAAGGAAAAAAGACAUGCAUCAGGAGAGAACUCGAGUGGAAAAUAAAGGAGGAGAACGCUUGAGAAGAUUCCCCUGUUAUGAACCUCAGUUGUGGUUCUUCAAGAUCAAAGCAUCUCAGGUGCUUCCUGUACAGCAGUCUUAUAUACACAAACACCCAGAGCAGAGGACUCUGAGACAUCCUCACACACAGCCAAUUUGUUUCAAGCAGCAUAAUACAAAAUGCCAUAUGUCAUAUCUGGUAGUAUUGUUAUCAAUUUAUAUGAAUGUGGCAUUUCAGAACAAACCAUCAAGUAAUACAAAAUCCUUCAAGACCCAAUGAAAUGGCUUGAUGGAACCGUUUUUUUUUUUCCUGUGUUGAUGUAUUUCCUAUUGAAACAGGCAUUUGGGGCGGGGCAUAUGGAGGGGCUUGUCCUUUUUUAACAGCCUUUAGUUUACAUUACAGCCAUGAACAUUUAUUUCUGCUUGCUAAUGCUAUUUGAUUAUUACCAAAUGGGACAGUAUCAUUCUAGAGCGCAUUUCAAGAGACACGUACACACACACAAAAAAAUGUUUACUCAUCAAUAUUUUGGGUUGUUUACUGAAAGAGAAAAGACUGUAAAUUGCAAAUGUACUAUCUGUAAAUCUGCUAAAGGUUUGUUGAAUUUUAGGACUACAUUUGCAUUAGCCUUAGCCUCAAAGCUAACAGACAUGGACAAAAAAAUCCACAGAAAUUUUGUUUUCUAGUUCAUAUCAGAUUCAAUCUUAUUAGAUAUGGAUCUUGAGAGUAUUCUGUUAACUUAUAGACGUAAAGUUGAAUUAGCUUCUAAACUAUUGAUUUCUUCUACAUUUUCUUUAAUAUCCCUGCAGAACAUUGUGAUUAGAAGUAUAUUCUAGCGAUCCAAGUUUAAUAUACAUGCCAUGUUUAGGGCAAUACAUUUUGGAAAAUUUCCAUAAAAUGGAACAAAUUUAUCUAUUCUACUACCUACAGCUCUUCAGUACCCAUAACUGAACUACAAGGCUACAUUAAAUAUUAAUAGUAGUCUUCUAAAGUCAGUCAAUGGCCUCCCUACAUUGAGAUCAUAAUUUUUGGUUUAGAGCUCAUCUCAGGCUUGUAAAAGUUUGUUUUCUAGUAAAUUAAUUGUUUAUGGUCACUGAACAGAUCAUGAUAAUAUUACUUGGAGACAAAAACAUGACACAUACAGCAAAGUACAUCAUCCCAGCUGCACCACAGAUGUUCAUAUGGGAAGUGAGAGGGAGAGAAGAUGGUUUGGAGACGUUUCAAACUGUAUCAGACAGGUGGCUCUCUCAGCCCAUAAUACUGUAAAGAGUGUUGUAUUUUUGCCAUGUGUUGUGCUUUGGGAAACACCAUUAAUCCAAAACACUUGCAAUUUUUUCCUUAGAAAUAUGACUGGUUCGUCAUCAUUUACUCACCCUCAUGGCCUUCCAAAAAACGUCGGACCUUGAAUAUAAUGCACAUGUCGUAUGGACCACUUUUAUGAAACAUUUUUGUCCUUUAAGCAGCUUGACAGUAAGUGGUCAUGUUUUCAGUAUAUGGAAAAGAGCAGCAUGAUCAUUCUGCAAAAUAUCUCCUUUUGUAUUCCUGAAAGAAAGAAUGACAUGAGGGUAAAUUUUCUCGGGUGAACUAUUGGAAUGUUGAUUGUAUGUGCACGUUUUCUUCUUUUACUAACAUGGUAUCCAAAUUAUUUUUCAACACAGAAGUUAGCUGUUUUCUGUGAAUGUGCAGAGCUUCUGUUUCAUAAGCCUAAAUGGAAAAUUAAAACAAAAAUGCAGUAAACAGUAAAACUAUUUGUGCUAUAAACUACUGUGUUUAUAAUUACAACAAUACAUUCAAAUAUUGCAUAUAACAAUGGAAGCCAUGCACAUUCAAGUUACAAAUGGCUGUAUCCGAUCUUAUGUUAAAAAUAAGGUGAAUACUGAACCAGUAUGAAAUCAGUUUAAAGUAGAUAUUUUGUAAAGUAGAUUUACAUAAGCCCCAGAAAUACCGCAGUGUUAAAAUCACAUAAGGGUAGGCCCAAAAAGGCAUGUGAUCAUGCAUAUUUUAUCAUUGUUAUACAGGCACAUGUUUGAUGUUGGAAAUGAAUGUCAUGUUAAUGUUUUGUGGUUUUGCUCAGUGUGCACAGCUGUAAUGUGAUUGUCACUCAUUUUAGAUGAUGUAUAGCAUUGUACAGCCUCCAGGUUUGGAUUACUCGAUGUCUGUGUAACUUAUCUCUUUUUGUAUUUUGAGUAUCUGUAAAUAAUGAAAAAGUUCAGCUCUAAAAACAAAUGAGAAAUCCAGUCACUUAAAUUUUGCAAUAGAUUUCUCUAUGGCUAUUAGAAUAAUUUCAUUCAGAUUUGUAGUUUUCUCUCUGAAAUGCCCGAAUUGAAUUUUGUUUAAUGCCAAAUUUCAGAUGUUUUUGACUGAAUCUGCACUUUGCAGAUGUUUCAUGUUCACCUUUUUUUUCUGUGGCAUUUUGUGCCCUCUUCAAAGGGCAUUUGGAGUAACAAUAUGUUUUAAUAUAACAGGCUACUACAGCGAAUAUGCUGUAUUCCCUGUGAAUGUUAAUGAUAUUUUUAUUUUAUUAUGUCUUGAUUUGUGUAUUCCUAUUUAUUAAUGAUAUAAGCCUGAACAACUGCAUUAAACAACUUUAAUCUAUCCCAUGUGUUACAGACUCUUUAUAAAAGAAGAAUUUGAGAAUUUAUUCAUAUCUGUAGUCCUUUAAUAUUAAUCCGAUUAAACUAAUAAAGAGUCAAGUUAUGAAGACAGCAACAUUACACAUGAACCAUAAUGAAAACCACGCCGCAGCAGAGUUUGAAUGCAUAAUAUGGUUACGACAGUGACAAUUUUACUCGAUUUUCAGGACUCACAGCCGCGUUUUCUGUUAAUAUGUGUUAACGCAACCUACUGGCCAGUUAUAGUUAUCUAUCACGUUAACACGAUGCAAACACAACGUCUUCUGUUUGAUGUGUAUUUUCAUGUGUGGUUUGGAUAAAUUACAGAGAAGCAGAAACGAUAUGUCAUCUGAAGAUUUUAGAUCCAGUCUUCCAAAGAAGCUUGAGUCAGUUUUACGGUCAGCUUCAAACUGUUAUAAAAGCUGCUGUCUGUUAAUCAGUCUGAUAAAUUGACUGAUGAAUUCGCGCCUACAUGCUACAUGUGAUAUUCUCAGUUAUCGCGAGAAUAGAAAGUUGUUUAAAAACAAACAAUCAAACAAAAAAAAAAAAAAACAGUGAGUUGCCAAUCCCAAACCAACCAAACAAAAAAACA